CUAACGUUGAAGAUAUUUAAGAAAAUAACGGAGAUCAAAUUGCAUUGCGUUUUAUCAUUGAUUCGCGAAUUGUCUUUGUCGCUAUAAUUCGUUAUUUCCUCGUUGCGGAAGUAAAAGUUUUAUAAUAACUCUUCGUAAUAAGAGUCGCUUCUAAAGAUGUAUUUGCAUGAAACGACUUCACAGAACGAUCGUCUCGAGACAGAUCCCCCGAUGCGGAAUUGUAUAUGGAUUAAUAAAGUGGUUCGUGCUUGAGAAUUUAAUUUCAUUUCACUCCAUAUGGUGAGAUCGGUCUCGAUUGAUCCCGUUGACAGCGCAAAGUAUUUUUGAUCGUUACAAGAUAUAAUUCUGAUUUCAUAGUGAAAAUCAUGGCAUUGCAAUUACAGAUCUUGUCAAAUGUUCUGCAGCGACUGAAAAAUACAGAAACUACAGCAACUGGCUAUCUUUAUGGUAUUAUGUACAAUGAUACACUUGUGGUAUUAACAUUCGGCAUAAAUGAAAAUGAUAGUGAGAAUGAAAAUUUAAUUGACUAUAUGACUCUACAGUUGAAUUUACCUGCAGAUAUAUAUUGCUGUGGUAUAUUACAAAUUGGUGAAUGCCAAGAAAUAAAUCCAGAUGUGUUCAAGGACAUCGACAUCACUGAUAAUCCAUUGCUUUUAAAAUAUUCACAUAGUGCAUUAAAAGUUCAGGCAUACUUUUAUGUACAUCAGAAAUUAGAAGUUGCCAAUGACUUCACUAUUAUUAGCGGAGAUGAUCUUUCUCGAAAAUUUGCGUAUGUUAGAUUGCAAGCAACACUCCCACUGGUUGCUCAGGAUGGCAACAUAUUGGAAGCAUUGGAGGAAUCACGAAAAAAUAUUGCAUCUGGAAAAAUAGGUAUACAUUUCCCUACAAACAAUAUGUACCUCUUCAGAACUGACAAUGAUUUGAAAGGUACACUGAUAAAAGAUAUUUUAUGUGCAUCUAAAGACUAUGAUAAAUCUUUCAAAGCAUCAAACAAAAAUCAUCAUACAGGGGCUACAGAUAUUAUAAACGCACACAUGUUAUUGAAGAUAUCAGGUGAGAAGAAUUCUGAAGAAUCUAUCAAAUAUGCUCCUGUCUUGCAGCAUAUCAAAAAAUCCUUCAACAGUCUAGAAUGCAGCUUACAUAUUGAUGCAUUAUCAUUGGUGAAUCUAAAUGUGAAAUCUGCGGAGCUACACGCGAUCCUUGUGGAAUCUAUUUGCCGAAACAUUAGGUUAAUUGAGAUACAACAAGAAAAACAGUCCGAGGAGACAGACUUUUCUACAAAAUUGCCCGAGAUAAUGCAUUUCAAACCUCAAGGCUGCGGACAUUUAUUUACAGUGGCAUAUCCUAGCAAUUUUACUAAUGACAGCACAAUGGAAUACCGUAAGGCUUUACAUAAAGCUUUAGCGUUUGAUUUAACUAAACCGUAUUUCCGACGUGGUAAUGCUGUAAAACUUCAUACACAAGCAAAUGAGAUUCUCAUAAAUCCUCAUGAAGCUAUUUCGCAUAAAGGUAUCACGGGGAAAUUAAGUAUCAUAUACGGUUUGUAUUCGUAUCAUCAUUACAUGCAAGAUGACUUUGAUGACAACGGAUGGGGAUGUUCCUACAGGUCUCUCCAAACAAUAAUUUCGUGGUACAGAUUACAAGGUUAUACCGAUAUACCAAUACCUACACAUUGCAAGAUACAGCAAUGUUUAGUUGAUAUAGGCGAUAAACCGUUUGCCUUCAUUGGUAGUAAACAGUGGAUUGGUUCGACUGAAAUCAGUUUCGUGCUGUCGACUCUCCUUAAUAUAGACACAAAAAUACUGUGCGUAUCAAGUGGAGAGGAGAUGUCAGCCUUAAUUCCACAGCUAGCAAAUCACUUCGAUACUCAGGGUACACCUGUCAUGAUCGGUGGCGGAGUAUUGGCCCACACGAUUUUAGGUGUUAGUUAUGAUGAGCAUUCUGGGGAAGGAAAGUUCUUAAUUCUAGAUCCACAUUACAUGGGUGCAGAACACUUAACCACCAUAUUGAACAAAGGAUGGUGUGGGUGGAAAACAAAAGAUUUCUGGAAAAAGGAUGCAUUUUAUAACAUGUGCCUUCCACAAAGACCUAUAACUUUCUGAUACUAAAUAUAUUGGACUGACAUAAAUUUUCUAAAUGUAAUUUAAUGCAGAAAUAUCUCUGCUACAUGUUCACAUACAUAUUUAUAUAUA